AAAGUGUCCGUUUAACCACAACCUCCCCUACUGUCGCAGUAUUGAGAACUCGCCUGUCGCCUCUAGUGCAGCCACGUGAAGAUUCAGUUGACUGGGAACUUCACAUGUGUUUUUAGCAGUUACUAUUAAUUAAUUAAGUAUUUAAUUAUAAAGUGACUUCAGAGAUAAAUCUUGCAUCAAUGCAGUUAGCGAGUGAAGACUGACUGUAGCAGCGCAAUUGUUUAGCUCAUUUAUAGGAUCUUGAGGGGAAUGUUUAUUUGUUUUCAAUAGGUUAACGCAAGCCACGAGAUGAACGGUAGAUCAGCAGACAUCAUCUCGGCGCCCUCUAAAAAAUGGUACGAGGAGUUCCCCAAGUCCCCGGGCCCUGAGGACCCCAAGAAAACCGAAGUGGAGAUUCUAGAAUUGAAAGCCGAGGCUAAAAGGCACCUGGAAGCGGAGACCGCAGCCUACCAAUUGAAAAAAUCCAAAAUCAAGGACUCUGAGUACGACUGGUUGAAGACGGCCUCCCAGCGAGGAACCAUGAAGGACAAGGUGGCAGCUUCGAUCCUCCUGAUCCAGGAGAACCCGAAGUACAAUCUGCCACGUCUGAUAGCUCUCGUGGCCCAGGUGAAGAGUCUCUUCAAGGUCUUCAAGCAAGGGGAGCAGGAGAGGGCCUCCAAGAAGCAAUCGCUAAUCAACGACGUGAGGGAUCUCUUCCUGGAGGACCUUCUUCACCCAGAGUUCAAGCUCCUCAAGUUCGAGGAGCAGAAACUCGACGAAUUGCCAUCAGCCAACGACUUCGAGGCCCCAAAGAACCAGAAGUUCAUCCCCAGGAGUCGAUUACUGUCCCACUGGUACUUCGAGGAUCAGUUGAAGGAUCAAUACGAGAAGUUAUUGACUUCAUUGUCAUCAGUGGCUGCUGACAAUAUCGAGGCUAAUCGUGAGAAAGCUGUUGGGGUGAUGACUGAUCUCCUCAUCUCGAAUCCUGAGCAGGAGCAGAAGAUCCUUGACUUCCUGGUGAAUAAAAUCGGUGAUCCGAAGUCGAAGGUCGCUUCCAAGGCCGUUUUCUGUCUGAAUAAAUUACUGCUGGAGCAUCCCAACAUGAAGAUGGUGGUGCUGAAGCAGGUUGAGAAGCUUUUGUUCAGGUCCAAUGUGGCCCAGAGGGCUCAGUACUACGCCAUUUGCCUGUUGAGUCAGUUCGUGCUGAAUAAGGGGGACUCCGAGGUGGCAACGAAACUUAUUGACGUCUAUUUCGCGUUCUUCAAAGCUUGUUUGAAGAGGGGCGAGCCCGACAGCAGGAUGAUGGCUGCCAUCCUGGCGGGGGUCAACAGGGCCUAUCGGUUUGCUGAUUUGGAGACUGUGAAGGUUCAUGAACAUAUUGACUCGGUUUACAAGGUCGUUCAUGUGGGAUCUUUCAAUGUCGCGUUGAAUGCACUGGGAUUGCUGCAUCAGGUCACCACCGAUAAUCCCAGCCAAGAGAACCGUUUCUACACAGCUUUCUACAAGAAGCUCCUGGACCCCCAGAUAGGCACAGUCUCCAAGCGCGCAGUCUUCCUGAACCUCCUCUACCGGGUCAUGAAGUCCGACAAGAACACCUCCCGUGUCUACGCAUUCGUGAAGCGAGUCCUCCAAGCCUCGAUGUACUUCCCAGCCUGCAUGGCCUGCGCCACCCUCUACACAGUCUCCCAGCUCUUCAAAUCCCGAAAGGACCUCAGGCAGAUGAUCCUCAAGCGUCCGACGGUCGUCAAAAUCGAAAAGGAAGACCCCGAAAGCUCUUCAGCCCAAGAAGAAUCCCCCAAAGGCUCUGAAAGCUCUCAAACCAAGAGCAGAAAAGGAAAAAGCAAGAAGGAAAAACAAGAAGAUCAUGAAUCAGAUGAUGAUGAUGAUGAUGUUCAGCAUGUGGAGAAUACCAUUGUCCUCUCGAACGUCGUAUCAACACCAGUAGAACCUUCGAACCCCGACGACAAAAAUGACAUAAUUAAGAUCGAAGAGGACACGAAUCCCUUCUACGAUCCAUUUUCAAUGAAUCCUUUGAGGUCUGGAGCAGUGAAAGCUCCUCCAGUCGAGCUCACGUCCCUCUACUCCCACUUCCACCCGAGUGUCUCUCUAUUCUCCUCGAAGAUGAUCGAGGGAAAGGCGAUAGAUUACACGGGGGAUCCUCUGGAGGACCUGACGUUGAUCAGAUUUUUGGACAGAUACGUGUUCAAGAACCCGAAGAAACUGGGGGCCAAGAAGGUGUCGAAGACCAACGACCCUCUGGCUGUUCGAGGGCAUUACACGCCCAGGGGGCUGAGGACCCUGCCUGUGGACAGCGCGGCGUAUCUCAACGAGAAGGAGGAACGCAUUCCUGUGGAUGAACUGUUCCUGUAUAGGUAUUUGAAGAGGAAGAAUGAGGCCAGGGGGGUCAAGGAGGAGGAGGAUGUCAGUGAUAAUGCCAGCGUUAAUAGCGAGGAGUUUAAUGAGCUGUUGGAUGGCAUGAGAGGGGAGGAUUUCGAAGAGCUGGACAUUGCUGGGGAUAUUGGGGCUCAAGUUAAAAAAGGUGGUCUAAAGAAGAUUGAAGACGACGAGGACCAAGAUGAUGACGACGAACCUGAAGAUGCGGCAGACAAUGACGAACAUAAUGCAUUCUACAACGAUGAUGGAGAAUCGAUGGAUGAAGAUGAUCUUGGUGAAGACAGUGACUUAGACCUCGACGAACUCGACGACGAGGACGUCAGUGAUAUGGAAUUCAACGAUUCAGACGACGAAUCCUCCCCCAUGAAAACCAAGAGGUCCAAAAAAUCCAAGGACGACAAUCCCUUCCAAAAGUCGAUGAAGAAGAAGGGGAUGGAUAACGUCUUCAUGUCCGCUGAGGACUUCGCUGAGAUGUUGGAGGAGCAGGGAAAAUCGAAACACAAGUCCGGAGGGUCCAAUGCACUCAGCGAUACUGACGGAGCUAGUGCUAAGCAAAUUGACUGGGAGAUAGGUCGACACCAGAAAUUAUCAGGGAAAUUUGGUGGGAACAAACGAAAAUUCAAUAAUAAAAACGGCUUUCGAGCUCAGAAACAUGUUAAGAAGUUCAAAAGGAAGAAUUAAUCGAAUGUAAAUAAAGUGAAUUGGAAAGAAUAA